AAAUUACAACUCCAUCUCACUUUUCUUGCGUUCUAUAAAUUGGUAUAAGAUUCUGCAUUUCUGCAGUCCAUGAAUUGUCGUUCAAUUAGUCCAAACCACCAAAAGAUGGCUCUGAAUUCACGCUCCGUCUCCUUGACACUCUUCUCUCUCGCGGUGGCCACCGCCCUCUUCUCCAACGCCGUCGCCGCACUGGGUGGCCAGAAAGGUCCACUCAUAGGCGGCUGGAGCUCCAUUAAGGACCCGAAAGCUCCCUAUGUGGUGGAGUUCGCAAAGUUCGCCAUAGACGCCCACAACAAAGAGGCUAAAACCAAUCUGAAAUUCAAAAGCGUGAUCGAGGGGCAGAGUCAAGUCGUCGCCGGCAUGAAUUACAAGCUCGUGAUCGCCGCCGAGGACGGCAGCGCCGGGAAUAAGUACGAAGCCGUCGUUUAUGAUAGACCUUGGGACAAAUUCAGAGAGCUCACCUCCUUCAAACAACUAUGAGUAUUCAUCGCGACUCUUAUCAAUAACGGAACAUUUAAAUGUGAAUAAGUUUCAUGUCUGAAAUGUGAUGUUUUUUGUCCGGUAUCGUCUCCGAUUGAAAAGGGCAAAAAUAUUGUAUGUUUAUGAAAGAAAUAUAAAUCUAAUUUUCAGUUUCUUUGAUUGCC